AUGAGACCCCAGCCCCGGUGUCAAAGAAAUUCAACAUUGGUUGGGAUACCAUCCAUCUUGGCCAAUAUCACUAUUAUACUUAUAAUCUUUCUGGGAUUCAAGAUUAAGCCAAUUGUAUCAUUAGAUACGAGAGAUCUAAAUCUAUUUGCGGGCUCUCCAAUAUCCGCUUAUGAUCGGUAUGACUUUUAUUUUGCACGUGUCUGUAAAAGCAAUUAUCAUACUACGGACAGUCAGAAUCUUGUAAUUGAGAAGAUUUGCUUAGACUAUGAGGGAGGAAUGAUGAUCCUAAAAGAUUUUGGAGAAGAUUUGCCGAGGAGUGUUUUGGAGCAUCUCGAAUGGCUCGAUUCUUAUCUUGACGGAAGCCUGUACACGAACAUCACCGUGCUUUUUGUUCUUUACAUUCUCGGUUGUAUAUUUGGUGCCACAGUUUUCUGGGUAGGCCUUGAUACUUUGGAAAGUAGUAGGCCUUCCAACAAAGUGGACUCUGACUCAGAUGUGAGAUUGUACAUGGAGAUGGCAUCGUUUCAAGCUCUCAUACUUAUAGUUACGAACGCCGUUUUUGUAUCCGCCUUGGUAGGCCUUGGAGGUCGGUUUCGGUGCACUGAUGAGGUGUGUAUCCCAGUGCAUAGGUCUUGGUUGAUGCUUGGAUUCUCUACCCUUGCGUUGUUUGAAGUUCUAUUUUCUAUGUCAGCGAUGGCAUAUCUGCUGUGUCCAGAUUGCAAUGAGCGUCGCUGCCACACUCACUGUCUGUUGAAAGUAGCAUAG